AAGCCCUUGACCAGAGAGAACACCCGAGCAACUGAGGAGAAGAAGAGUAUGGAGGACGGAGAGAUAGUGGAGGGAGUGGCGAUGGAAGAGGAUGCACAGUUAACAACGCAGCCUAAGAAUGGGAAGUCACCCUACGAAAUGCUGCGAGAAGGCAAAGUCUCAGUGGAGGAAAUCGUAGCCCAGAUUCUCACCAUAAAGAAAGAAAACAAGCCUAAAUCGGAGCUCCGCGAACUCGUCACCCAAAUGUUUCUCCACUUCGUCACUCUCCGCCAGGCGAACCGCUCGAUUCUAUUGGAAGAGGAUAGAGUGAAAGCGGAGACGGAACGUGCAAAGGCGCCGGUGGAUUUCACGACUUUGCAGCUUCAUAAUUUGAUGUAUGAGAAGAGCCACUAUGUUAAAGCUAUAAAAGCUUGUAAAGAUUUCAAGUCUAAAUAUCCUGAUAUUGAGCUUGUUCCGGAAGAAGAAUUUUUCCGUGAUGCGCCUGAAAAUAUCAAAGGUCCUGUUUUGUCUGACGAUACUUCACAUAAUUUGAUGCUCAAGAGGCUCAAUUAUGAGCUGCACCAGCGCAAGGAACUGUGCAAACUUCAUGAGAAACUGGAACAACGUAAGAAAAGUUUGUUGGAGACCAUUGCAAACCGGAAGAAGUUCUUAUCAAGUCUCCCCUCACACCUCAAAUCACUCAAGAAGGCAUCCUUGCCUGUACAGAACCAAUUAGGGGUUCUGCAUACAAAGAAAUUAAAGCAGCAAAACUCAGCAGAGUUACUUCCUCCUCCUCUUUAUGUGAUUUACACACAGUUCCUGGCACAAAAGGAAGCCUUUGGAGAACAUAUUGAUCUGGAGAUUGUGGGGAGUCUGAAAGAUGCUCAAGCUUUUGCCCGUCAGCAGGCAAAUAAAGAUACAGGCAUAUCUUCCACUGUAGAGAGUUCCAGGUUGGAGGAUGAUGCACCUGACGAGGAAGAUGAUGGCCAGAGAAGGAGAAAACGGCCAAAGAGGGUUCCAAGCAAGGAGAGUCUGGACCAUGUAGGAGUAUUUCAAGUUCAUCCACUUAAGAUCAUACUCCAUGUAUAUGAUGAUGAGGUUUCCGAUCCAAAAUCUGCAAAGCUUAUCACUUUGAAGUUUGAAUACUUGUUCAAGUUGAAUAUUGUUUGUGUUGGGGUUGAGGGAUCUCAUGAAGGACCUGAGAAUAACAUCUUAUGCAACUUAUUUCCUGAUGACACUGGUGUUGAGCUUCCUCAUCAGUCAGCUAAGCUCUUUGUUGGAGAUCCCCCUGCAUUUGAUGAAACUAGAACUUCACGUCCUUAUAAGUGGGCGCAGCAUUUGGCAGGGAUUGAUUUCUUACCUGAGAUUGCGCCAUUGCUUAGUGGCCAUGAAACUGCAAACAGUGAAGCAACAAAAAAUGAAGUUAUCGUAUCUGGUUUAUCGCUAUAUCGUCAACAAAAUCGGGUGCAAACUGUCGUGCAAAGAAUUCGUUCUCGGAAAAGGGCUCAGCUGGCUCUUGUGGAACAGCUUGAUUCACUUGUGAAGCUUAAAUGGCCUUGUUUGAAUUGUGAAAAUGUUCCAUGGGCUUUACAUACUCCCUUAUGCAAUUUGAAUGGUUGGUCACCUGCUGGGCCCCCACCCAAUCAGACUUCAUCUGUGCCUGUCAUUGACACAGAUCAAGUUCAGGAACCCAUGGAUGCUGAUGUGGACCGAAGAUCUGGUACUUCAAAGGAAGAGUCAGAGAGUGCUAGGGAAGAUGGAGAGCUUCCAUCCUUGGUUGCUUCUAUUGUGAAUGAUGUUAAGCUUACUCCUUCAAAAAUAUCUAAUCUAGAGCAUAGCAGGCAGCUGGCUUUAAUUUCAAAGAGUAUUAUAUCCCCUAUUAAUAAGGCGAAAUCACUAAGUUUCAAGAAACAUGAUGAGGAUUCCGAUAUCUUGCUGGACAUUGAUAGUGAUCUGGAUGAGCUUGCACCACUCGAGCUAGAAGCAGAAAAUGAAGCUUGCCAUAAGAUAGUCGAAAACCCAUGGGUGGAUUAUGGGGUUAAAGAAUAUUCUCUUGUCUUAACAAGGAGGAAUAUUAAGUUAGAAGCAAAGAUUAAAAUCAGCAUGGAGUAUCCUCUUAGGCCUCCUCUUUUUGCUGUGAGUCUUAGCUCUAGUGGAGAAAAUCAUGUGGAGAGUGAUGGCUCUGAAUGGUGCAAUGAACUCCGUGCCAUGGAAGCAGAGGUCAAUCUUUUCAUGCUAAGGAUGCUACCUUUGGAUCAAGAAAACUAUAUCUUAUCUCAUCAGGUGGGCUAUCUAGCAAUGUUGUUUGACUAUUUAAUGGAUGAUGCAUCUCCAUGUGAAAAAAGGAGUACUUCUGUGGUUGAUGUUGGCAUGUGUAAGCCUGUUAGUGGUAGGCUUCUUGCCAGAUCAUUUAGAGGAAGGGAUCGCAGGAAGAUGAUAUCCUGGAAGGACACGGAAUGCACUUCUGGUUAUCCAUACUAAAAACCUGGGGCCCAGAGGUGACCAUAUUAGUAUCCAUUUCUGCUACCUGCUAGGUUGGGAUUGGAUUGAAUUACUGGUGUGAAUUGUUGGAUCUGCUGCUGGUGUUAAUCCAUGAAUUUUGAAAGUUUUUCAGGGUUCUUUCGGUAUCAAUUUGUAACACUGCAUUGCUGAUGUUGGGUCGCCAUAGUGCGAUUUUGUAAUGCAGUUAUGCAUGCGAACUCAACAUGGUUAAUUUUCUAAACGGUAAAUUAUUAUAUGGUCCAUGAGUUUUGAUAUUAUUAAUUA